AUGAUUUAAUAUACUUAUAAAUGUUAUCACUGCUAACCUUGAAUAAGUAAAGACUAGUACUAAUUAACUUCCUGGUUGAUAGACAUCUUAGGAAAAAUGAAGAAAUGUUAUUAACAAACAGUUGAUGACAUUCGUGUCAAGAAAAAGUGGCUAUUACAAAUCAAGAUGGCAUUUUCCCUAUCCAUAAGGCGAGCCCAAAUACCUAAGCCAUGUGAGUUGUGUGAAACUGACACAAACAUUAAAUGGAAAUGUGUACAAUGCAAUACACUAAUGUGCGAAAAAUGUAAGAAAAUUCAUUUAAAAGUUCAAACCUCGAUCAAGCAUGACAUUGUUGAUGUAAAAAGUUCAGAAGCUAAAAAAAAAAUGGAAAACACCAUUAUUACUGACAAUAUUCCCUGUCAGAUUCACAAGAAAAAGUUGAAUUGCAUGUUUUGUAGAACAUGUGACCACUUAGUAUGUCCAGAUUGUAUAACUGCUUCCCAUAAAAAACAUGACCUAGAUUCAAUUGAGACAGUGUGCAAUGAAAGAAGAGAAAAACUGAAAGAACUAGAAUCCAAAUUUUCUGAAAAAUUCACACUUUGUGAAAUAGAAGACAGUAAAGUUAAGGAUUUUAAAAUUAAAUAUACUCAAUUUUUUGGUGAAUCUGUUCAGAAAAUUAAUCAUCAGGAAAAGUUGAUUAAAGAUGAAGUCAGUAAAUAUGCUCAAGAAUUCAGAGAACAACUGGAUAGGGAAAAGCAAAGAAUAGAAAAAUCUAUCAUAGAAAAAGAAAAUCAUACAGAAGAAGUAAAGAAAAGUGUGCUAAAUAACCAAACCAAUAUACAAGAAGUAUUAGAAUCAAAUCAAGCAGAGAAAGUGUUCAAUGCUUAUUCAGAAAUCAGAAAAAAAGAAAUUCCAGAUGCAUCCUUCAAGACAUUUUCUGAGGAAACAAAGGAUUUCAUUCCCACAAAGGAAAGUUUAAAGAACAUUACCAACUUAUUUGGAUCACUUCAGAAAACUCAUCUACCAAAGGGAUUGCAACAACAGAACUUAGAUGUAAUCAACAGUUAUACUACUGAUCUAUACAUGGUGCAUAGAGUGUUAAUAAUGGAUGAAAAAACAGCUUGGAUUUCUAAUUAUCAUACAUCUACUCUACGUAAAACAAACAUUAAUGACACAAUCAAAAAUGUAAAGGAUCUUUCAAUUAAGGUUUACGCCAUGUCACUGGCAGACAAUAAUGAUGUUCUCCUGUCUUUGUAUGGCAGUUCUGAUGUCAGUCUGUUAACAACAAAGACAGGAGAAAUCAAUCCUUUCCUGUCUGUGUCACCACUGAUACCACAUGGUUUACAUGUCACUAAACAUAAUGAGAUCAUACUAGGUGUUAGGGAGAGGGUUGAUGAUUACAACCUCACAGACAAAAGUUGUAGGAAAGUUAUAAUCUUUGGGAUGGAUGGGAAACAAAAACAAUCAUAUGAGUAUGAUAAACAUAAACAGAGAUUAUUUACUCUCCCGUAUAGAAUUACAUCUAAUGUUAAUAAUGACAUACUGGUUAUAGAUAUAAUAUCUAAUGAAGAUUGGAGGGUGGUGGUUCUGGACCGGGAGGGACAGGUUAAGUGGACCUAUCAGAGACAGCCUGAGGUUAAUUUAGGGGAUACACCAUUUUGUCCUACAGAUAUAGUAACAACAUCAGUAGGACAUGUUAUAGUGACUGAUGUUAACAACCAUGCUUUACAUGUCCUGUCAGGAGAGGGAGAUAUACUGACAUGUAAAGUUAUGAAGGAUCAAGGAAUUAUAUUUCCAAUGUCCUUGGAUAUUGAUACCAAGGGACAGUUAUGGGUGGGAUGUUAUUCUGGGGAGGAAGAAAACACAGAUGCCAAGCUACAUGUAGUAAAGAUGUCUUUUUAAUCCAAUAUAAAUUUUAAACAAACAUCAAUAAAUAUUUUAAUUUCUCAUUUGGCAAUUAAACAGCACUUAAAUAUAAAGGAACUUAAAAAUAUUCAUGUGCAUAUAUUAGAAUCAUUAUUUUACUAAACGCUAAGGAAAUGAAUGAAUAGAAGGAGAAGUGGCGUAGUAACUGAUUUGAUCAAUCAUCCUGUAUGGGGACAUGUAAAGUUAGAAAGGAUUUAACUGUUAGAGUGCAGGGUAUCAUAGUGACAACUAACAGCUCAUUUUAAUCAGAUUUUUAUAUGUUUGUAUUGUUUUUGCAUGCCUCAGUGUGAUUGUUGAGCUAAAUUAUGACAGCAGAUGUUUGUCUUUUAUAAAUGACUAUUCUGUACAGAUGGGUUUUACUCAUUCUUGAAGGCCUUACGGUGGGUGACCUUUAAUUGCUUGUAUCCACAUCGUUUGAACACUGGUGAAUAAUUGUCUCAUUGGCAAUCAUACUUCAUCUCCUUAUUUUUAUGUAGACCGAUAUGUACUCCAAAAAAAAUCCGUACACCAGUACAAGAUAUAACUGACAUAUUAUGUAUAUAUAGUUGCAGAAGAAUAAAAAAAACUUGACCUGAUUAAUGCAGCAUGAAUGUUGUUUAAUUGAGUCAACACUGCUUUGAAAGCAUAUGCAAACACAAAAAUACAUUUAAAACAUCUCAAUAUAAAAUAGGUAAUACAAAAUGGACAGGUUUAAAAAAAAUAAAAUACUUUUUGAGAGUUUUUUGGGUAUGCAACAGCUAACAAAGCAGUCGACAAUUUUAUUGACGUUUAGUGUAAGAACUACAUAGGACUACUCUGAAUGAGAAUAUAGAAUCCUGAACUUCCAUUUUUGCUAAAAUAUAAUCUAAAACAUGCUUUUACUGAUGAAAAGAUUGCAAAUUACAACAUCUCAACAAUGAAUCAAUUUCGAACCAAAUGUUGAUAUAGAAAAAGACAAAAAAACAAAAAACAAAAAAGUUUUGUCUAUGUAAUUGAUCAUGACACAAUAACAUGUUGAAUGUGUAUGAAUUGAAACUCAACCUAAAAGUGUCAAACAAACAUGUUAGAAUAAUGCCGCACUGUUACCUAAUAACUAGUUAGAGAUUGCUCUGACGCCUGAUGGACUUUUUUAGGACUUGUUGGGUCCCAGGGACAUCAGAGCGCAGUCCAUAUAAAAAACAUAGAAAAUGACAACCCAGACUUGAGAUGACCAGUUUUUAUCUUGAUAUUCAUGAUAUUAUAAAAGAUUCAUUUCAAGUAGACAAAUCAUAAUUCAUUCUAUCCCAUUUUACUAAAAUUUUC